CCGAAGCGCAAGGACUUUGUGAAGGACUACGUCGCAAAGUGUCCAUGUGUCAAGAGGUGAACAAUGCGAACCACCUUCCUUAUGGUUUGCUCCAACCUCUUCCUAUCCCUUAGGGUUGUUGGCAGUCCAUCUCGAUGGACUUUAUUGGUCUCCUUCGUCCUCCGACCCCUCGCGGUCAUGAUGCUAUCCUGGUCGUCGUCGACCGCUUCACGAAGCGUGCACGCUUUGUUCCGUGCCGCAAUGCCAUUAGUGCACGCGAGGUCGCUGACAUCGUACUUGACCGAGUCGUGCGUGACCAUGGCUUACCUCUGAGCAUCAUAUCUGACCGUGACCCGCGCUUUACCAGCCGAUUCUGGAGACGGCUCCAUGAGGUGUACGGCACACAACUCCAAUUCUCCUCGUCUUACCAUCCUCAGACUAAUGGUCAGACUGAGAUCACGAACAGGAAUCUCGGAGAUAUUCUCCGAAAGAUUGUUCGUGACGACCAGCAGUGGGAUCUCCAUCUUGCCCACGAGGAGAUAGCCUACAACCACGCCGUUUCUCCAGUCACGGGGAUGUCGCCUUACUAUUGCGACCUCGGCUAUCACCCUCGUGUUCCCGCGGAUUUCCUUCGACCGUCGCAGAUGCACCCCGACACGAGUUGUCCCACGCUGGAUGAUUGGGUUGCACACAUGACGUCGAUCAUGAAGACCGCACAUGAGCACAUAGCCGCUUCCCAGACUGGCAUGGCAGCACGUGCGAACCGAUCGAGGAUGGAUCACCCAUUCAAAGUCAGUGAUGAUGUGCUCAUCGACGCCCGUCACUUACAGCUCGAAGCGGACACGCUUCGCAAGUUUCGGCAUCGCUUCUUUGGCCCAUGCCGCAUCCUCCAGGCCGUCGGUUCUGAUACGACUUCGAGCCCGGUCAGCUUCCGUGUGAAGCUGCCCGACUACCUACGCCCGGAUCGUGUGCACGAUGUCUACCACGUCUCGUUACUGCGAGGAGGAGGAAGAGGAGGAGGAGGAGGAGGAGGAGGAGACGAAGUAGAAGACGAGGAGGAGGAGGAAGAGGAAGAGGAAGAGGAAGAGGGGGAGAAGGAUGAAAAAGAAGAUGUGCAAUACGAGGAAGAGGAGGAGGAGGAGCAGGAGGAGCAGGAGGAGCAGGAGGAGGAGCAGGAGGAGGAGGAGCAGGAGGAGCAGGAGGAGGAGGAGGAGGAGGAGGAGGAGGACGACGAGGAGGAGGAGGACGAGGAGGAAGGAGGAUCGCCGAGGAGGAGGAGGAGGAGGAGAGAAGGAGGAUCGCCGAGCAGGAGGAGGAGGGGAAGGAGGAAGGAGGAGGAUCGACGAGAAGGAGGCGGAGGAGGAAGUGGAGGAGAGAAGGAGCAUCACCGAGGAGGAGGAGGAGGAGAGAAGGAGGAAGGAGGAGGAUUGCCAAGGAGGAGGAAGGAUGAUCGCCAAGGAGGUGGAGGAAGGAGGAGGAGGCGGAGGAGGAGGAAGAGGAGGAGGAGGCGAGGAGGAGGAGGAGGAAGGAGGAUCCCCGAGGAGGAGGAGGAGGAAGGAGGAUCGACGAGAAGGAGGAGGAAGGAGGAGGAGGCGGAGGAGGAGGAGGAGACGGAGGAGGAGGAAAUGGAGGACGAGGCGAGGAGGAGGGGGAGGAGGAGGAAGGAGGAUCGCCGAGGAGGAGGAGGAGGAGGAGGAGGAGGAGAGAAGGAGGAAGGAGGAGGAUCGUCGAGAAGGAUGGAGGAUCGCCGAGGAGGAGGAGGGAGGAGGAGGUCGAGCAGAGGGGAGCGACUUUGGAUACUGGCCGAGGAGGGGGAGCAGGAGGAGGAGGAGAGAAGGAGAGGAGGAAGGAGGAGGAUCGCCGAGGAGGAGGAAGAAGGAUCGGCGAGGAGGAGGAAGAAGGAGGAGGCGGCAAAGGAGGAGGAGGCGGAGGAGGAGGAAAAGGAGGAGGAGGCGAGGAGGAGGAGGAGGAGGAAGGAGCAUCGUCGAGGAGGAGGAGGAGGAGGAAGGAGCAUCGUCGAGGAGGAGGAGGAGGAGAAGAGAAGGAGGAUCGCCGAGGAGGAGGAGGAGGAGGAGGAGGAGAAAGAAGGAGGAAGGAGGAGGAAGGAGGAGGAUCGACGAGGAGGAGGAGGAGGAGGAGGAGGAGGAGGAGAGAAGGAGAGGAGGAAGGAGGAGUAUCGCCGAGGAGGAGGAAGAAGGAUCAGCGAGGAGGAGGAAGAAGGAGGAGGCGGCAGAGGAGAAAGACGCGGAGGAGGAGGAAGAGGAGGAGGAGGAGGCGAGGAGGAGGAGGAGGAGGAAGGAGCAUCACCGAGGAGGAGGAGGAGAAGAAGAGAAGGAGGAUCAUCGAGGAGGAGGAGGAGGAGGAGGAGAAAGAAGCAGGAAGGAGGAAGGGGGAGGAUCGAUGAGGAGGAGGCGGAGGAGGGAGAGGAGGAGAGAAGGAGGAUCGCCGAGGAGGAGGAGGAGGAGGACAGAAGGAGGAAGGAGGAGGACUGCCGAGGAGGCGGAAGGGGGAUCGUCGAGGAGGAGGAGGAGGAGGAGAGAAGGAGGAAGGAGGAGGAUCGCCGAGGAGGAUGGAGGAUCGGCCGAGGAGAAGGAAGAGGAGUAGUAGAGAAGGAGAGGAGGAAGGAAGAGGAUCGCCGAGGAGGAGGAAGAAGGAUCGGCGAGGAGGAGGAAGAAGGAGGAGGCUGCAGAGGAGCAGGCGGCGGAGGAGGAAGAGGAGGAGGAGGAGGCGAGGAGGAGAAGGAGGAGGAGGAAGAAGGAGCAUCACCGAGGAGGAGGAGGAGGAGGAAGGAGCAUCACCGAGGAGGAGGAGGAGGAGGAGGAGGAGGAGGAAGGAGCAUCACCGAGGAGGAGGAGGAGGAAAAGAGAAGGAGGAUCGCCAGGAGGAGGAGGAGGAGGAGAAAGAAGGAGGAAGGAGGAGGAAGGACGAGGAUCGACGAGGAGGAGGUGGAGGAGGGAGAGGAGGAAAGAAGGAGGAGAGAAGGAGGAAGGAGGAAGGAGGAGGACCACCGAGGAGGAGGAAGGCGGAUCACCGAGGAGGAGGAGGAGGAGGAGAGAAGGAGGAAGGAGGAGGAUCGCCGAGGAGAAUGGAGGAUCGCCAAGAAAGGGCCGAGGAGGAGGAGGAGGAGGAGGAGGAGGAGAGAAGGAGAGGAGGAAGGAGGAGGAUCGCCGAGGAGGAGGAAGAAGGAUCGGCGAGGAGGAGGAAGAAGGAGGAGGCGGCAGAGGAGGAGGAGGCAGAGGAGGAGGAAAAGGAGGAGGAGGAGGCGAGGAGGAGGAGGAGGAGGAAGGAGCAUCGCCGAGGAGGAGGAGGAGAAAAGAAGGAGGAUCGUCGAGGAGGAGGAGGAGGAGGAGAAAGAAGGAGGAAGGAGGAGGAAGGGGGAGGAUCGACGAGGAGGAGGCGGAGGAGGGAGAGGAGGAGAGAAUGAGCAUCGCCGAGGAGGAGGAGGAGGAGGAGGAGGAGGAGGAGGAGGAGGAGAGAAGGAGGAAGGAGGAGGAAGGGGGAUCGCUGAGGAGGAGGAGGAGGAGGAGAGGAGGAAGGAGGAGGAUCGCCGAGGAGGAUGGAGGAUCGCCGAGCACGAGGAGGGAGGAGGAGGCCGAGCAGAGGGGAGCGACUUUGGAUAUUGGCGGAGGGGGAGGAGGAGGAGGAGGAGGAGAGAAGGAGAAGAGGAAGGAGGAGGAUCGUUGAGGAGGAGGAAUAAGGAUCGGCGAGGAGGAGGAUGGAGGAGGAGGCGGCGGAAGAGGAGGAGGAGGAGGACGAGGAAGAGGAGUAGAAGAGGAGGAGGAGGAGAGGAGGAGGAGGAGGAAGGAGCAUCGCCGAGGAGGAGGAGGAGGAGAAGAGAAGGCGAAUCGCUGAGGAGGAGGAGGAUGAGGAGGAGGAGGAGGAGGAGAAAGAAGGAGGAAGGAGGAGGAAGGAGGAGGAUCGACGAGGAGGAGGCGGAGGAGGGAGAGGAGGGAGAGGAGGAGAGAAGGAGUAUCGCCGAGGAGGAGGAGGAGGAGGAGAGAAGAAGGAAGGAGGAGGACCGCCGAGGAGGAGGAAGGGGGAUCGCCGAGGAGGAGGAGGAGGAGGAAAGAAGGAGGAAGGAGGAGGAUCGUCGAGGAGGAUGGAGGAUCGCCGAGCAGGAGGAGGGAGGAGGAGGCCGAGCAGAGGGGAGCGACUUUGGAUACAGUGCGCAAGAUGAUUACGAUGUGGAGGAUGAGGAUGUCAUUUACGAUGCGUAUGGCGUAUGGGCAGGGAAGGACAUGAUUGAGGAGAUUGCAACCACGGGGAAGGGGAAAAAAAAGGUGCACGAUGACCCGCUAGUGUCUCGUGUGCGGGACAGUGCCACAGCCACGGGCGCAGGGUCGACACGCACGCCUCAUAUGUCAGUACCCCCCCCCAGCACUCCGUUGUUUGACAUGCCUCUCGAUGAUGGGGCAGCCAGACGACCUUCAGAGGGACCUCUCCUACAGACYGUAGCAGAGGACGCGUGUCCCGAUGUUGGGGAGCAGGAGGCAUCUCAUGACAGGGAGGAGGUGUGUCCCGGUGUUGACGAGCAGGAGGCAGCUCCCGACAUGGAGGAGCAGGAGGAGGCUGCCAUGACCCAUGAGCAGCCUUUCGGACGAUUAUCAUCAUUCAACAGCAGUGUAAUUGUAGGUUCACACGAUGGCAGUGGUGGUUUGUCGAUGCCUCCACUUGCUCGGGGUCAUUCACAGCCUGCGCGCAGGGGAUCGGUCAAUUCGUCUACGAUUCCUCCACUCCCCGCCCGAGUGUCAUCGAUCAUUGUUGACAACACCGCGACAAGAGGGAAGAAGAGGAAGACCGCUGAUACAUGUGAGGUAGAGCAUUCACAAGCACAGAGACCUCCGGGGCGAGGUAGACCACGGGGGCGCCCCCCAGGGGGUCGAUCUGGCAGGGGUAGAGGGAGGCAGGGUGUCGUUGGAGCGACGGAGAGGCUGUUGGGAUCAUUGGGUGCCAUUGGUGGUGGUUCGCCAUCACCCAUAUCCGUGGACGAAGUGAGGACUCGAUCUCGUGCUGUUGUGGGGAAGAGGACGCAUGCCGAUGUUGAGGAUAAUGAUGGCACUGAUGAGCAGGCCAGCAGUGACGGGUCUGAGAGCGUAUAUGAGGCACCACCACAGGCCUCAUCAUGGCCCUCAUGUGAUGAUGGCGACGAUGACGAUGGACGGCAUGAUGAUGAUGAUGCCAUGGCAGAGGACAAUACACUGGCGCAAGAUGAUUACGAUGUGGAGGAUGAGGAUGUCAUUUACGAUGCGUAUGGCGUAUGGGCAGGGAAGGACAUGAUUGAGGAGAUUGCAACCACGGGGAAGGGGAAAAAAAAGGUGCACGAUGACCCGCUAGUGUCUCGUGUGCGGGACAGGGAUAGAGGGAGGCAGGGUGUCGUUGGAGCGACGGAGAGGCUGUUGGGAUCAUUGGGUGCCAUCGGUAGUGGUUCGCCAUCACCCACAUCUGUGGACGGGGUGAGAACUCGAUCUCGUGCUGUUGUGGGGAAGAGGACGCAUGUCGAUGUUGAGGAUAAUGAUGGCACUCAUGAGCAGGCCAGCAGUGACGGGUCUGAGAGCGUAUAUGAGGCACCACCACAGGCCUCAUCAUGGCCCUCAUGUGAUGAGGGCGACGAUGACGAUGAUGACGAUGGACGGCAUGAUGAUGAUGAUGCCAUGGCAGAGGACGAUACACUGGUUGAUGGGUGCUGAUGUAUUUGAGAGAGAGAGAGAGAGAGAGAGAGAGAGAGAGAGAGAGAGAGAGAGAGAGAGAGAGAGAG